AAAGACAGGCGUUAUCACUGAUUUUUAUUCACUUUCACGGACUGUCUGCUAGUUUGGAGCUCCGAAACAAGCCAAUUCGCAACGCUACGCUAUAUUCCUCUGGAUAUAGCAUCUAAACCUUGUUGGUAGUAAACUCUUUGGAGUUUGGUAAGAGUCAUUUAUAAUUUCUUUGCUUGUGAGAGUGGACUGCACUGAAACUUGGGACACUCGACCCUGAAACUUUAAGUUUUGGGUCGUUGGGGCUUGGACCUGCCUGGCGCAGAGCAAGACUUUUCCGCCGCGAAAAGUUCUUCUUUUUGGCCAGACUUCCUCCACUGCCCGCUGAAGAAAGAUCUGAAGACUUCGAGUCAAGAGUUUUUGAGUUUUUCUCAGUCGCUGCUACCCAAAAGAGGGAUAGAGAGCAACUGACGACGAGAUUUCAAAAAUACGUGGCAAGCUCAAAGAUGACAGUGUGUCUGAUUUAAACAAUUGGCAUCUGAAAAGAGAGCUUGAGAAGAGUCAAAAGAUCUCAAAGGAGUGCAGUAACUUGCAACAAAGAAGUUAAACCUGCUUUUACAAAGUUUUAAAGCAUCUGUCAAAGCCGACCCAAUGGAGCGGUCAGCUGUCUUCGGCCUGUCCUUGGCCCUUAUCCUGGUUCUUUUCCAUUUGACCUCUUGCACUCCCUCCGGCCCUGCCUCUCCUACCUGUGCCACACUGGAGCAGAGCAGAUUCUUUGGCGUUUUCUCCUCCACCACGACUCUCUCUUCGGCUCCCUGCUCCUGGACCCUGCAGAACCCAGACCCUCGCCGCUACAGCGUUUACAUGAAGAUCACCAAACCAACCGUCACCUGCGUCCCCCGCCAAAUCCGCACCUUUCAGUUCGACUCCUUCAUCGAGACCUCUCGUACCUACCUGGGCAUGGAGAGCUUUGAUGAGGUUGUCAGGCUGUGUGAUGCUUCUACUACUGUUACCUAUCUUGAAGCCAGCAAGCAGUUCCUCCAAAUGCGCAAAGUGGCACCAACCAACGCCUUGGAAGUUGUAGAGGAUGUCAGCGAAUUCAAAGCCGAAUUCCUGGUGGUUGGAAAGAGGAACCCAAGCAUGCCCGCGUGCCAAAUGCUCUGCCAGUGGUUGGAGAAGUGUCUUAACAGCAGCACUCAUGACUACCCCUGUGGCAUCAUGAACACCCCUUGCCAGUGCUGGGAGACCCCCAAAAGGAAGCCAGGAAGCUGCUACAGAGGAGGUGUCCUGGUCGAGAAGUGCCUACCUGCUCCCAAAGACAACGGGCGUGAUGUUGAGAUUAUCAAGGGUUGGGCCAAUUGGGGGCGCUGGUCCGUGUGCAGCCAGGAGUGUGGUGGUGGAGUGCAAGUGCGUAGCCGUUCCUGUCAGCCCAACGAGGCUGCCUGUGAGGGGACUGUGGAGGAGGGACGGUCCUGCAACCCCCAGCCCUGCAUUGGCAAAGAGCGAAGCAAGAGCUCAGGAUUGAGGGCUAUUGUUGGUGCAAGAAGAGAUGAUGUUCAGGGACUUGUUGCCAACCCAAUAGAUUCUCAAGCUGAUGCCUGGACUCCUUGGAGUGCCUGCUCACAGACAUGUGGAGAGGGCUGGCAGAGUCGUACCCGUGUCUGUGCCACUUCCGCUUUCUCUACUCAGUGUAUUGGACCCCUCAAGGAGACCCGCCCAUGCAACAACACUGCUAUCUGCCCCGUGGAUGGUGCCUGGGAUGAAUGGGCCCCAUGGAGCUUGUGCUCUUCUACCUGCGGCCGUGGUUACCGUGACCGUGUGCGUACAUGCAAACAGCCCGAGAACGGAGGAGAGCCAUGCAGGGGCCCAACCAGACAGACCAAAUUCUGCAACAUCGCCGUGUGCCCAGUGGAUGGACACUGGAAUGAGUGGACUGCCUGGAGUACCUGCUCUGCCUCUUGCUCAAAUGGGACCAGACAAAGGACAAGAGAGUGCAACGGGCCGUCCUAUGGAGGCUCCGAGUGCCAUGGCAGCUGGAAAGAAACUGACAACUGCUUCCUUAAAGAAUGCCCUGUUGAUGGACGCUGGCAUGCAUGGACCACCUGGGGCAGUUGCAGUAAGACUUGUGGUGGAGGCGUACAGCAAAGACAGCGAGUUUGUGAGGGUCCCUUCUUUGGUGGGGAGCCUUGCGAUGGAGACAACCGUGAACAGAAAAAGUGCAAUGAGAAGAGAUGCCCUGAACCCCAUGAGAUCUGCCCUGAGCAAAACACAGGCGAUAUUGUGUGGAAGAAGACCCCUGCUGGCGAAAUGGCUGCUAUUCCUUGCCCCUCUGAUGCUUCUGGUCUAAUUCUGCGCCGCUGCACCCUGGACGCUGUCGGUCUUGCCUUCUGGGAGAAUCCAACUCACAUCAAAUGCGUUUCCAAGAACUAUGAGAACAUUCAGACCCUGUCCAGGGACUACAAUGCCAAAGCGCAUAUGGGCCAGAGUGUAGAUGGGAUAGCUGAGGUGAUUUCACGCCUUAGAUUUUCCUCGGAUGAAGGUGCUAAGUACAGCGGGGACCUGAUGGCUGUUAUGGAUAUCCUUAAAAAUACCACAGACGUGUACAAAGCAACCCGUUUAAGGCUAAGCAACGCUGACGUAGAGAACUUUGUCCAGACCAUCAGCAACUUACUCAAGGAGGAGCACCGUGACAAAUGGGAAGAGUCACAACUGAUGGGCGCUAGCAUCAAAGAUUUCCUCCGCCUGGUUGAAGACUUUGUGAACAUGAUUGGUAUGCAAAUGAGCGGCUUCCAGGACAUUUACGAAGUCACAGAAAAUUUAGUGAUGAGUAUCCACAAGCGCCCCACCAGCACAAACUCCAAUUUCACUUUUCCAGUAAAAGGGUGGAGGGGCAUGUUGGACUGGGUCAGGAGCUCUGAGGAGAAAAUCACAGUGAGCCGUGAUGCACUGUCCCUUGAGCAAGCUGAUGGAAAUGAUGCGUUUGUGACUGGCAUCGUCCUCUACAAAAACCUUGCAUCCAUCCUGUCCUUUCAGAGCAAUGCCACCUUGUUUAACUCUAAAGUUGUGACAGUUAUCGUGAGCCCGACUCCCAAUCUGCUCUCAUCUCCUGUAGAAAUCGAGUUCCCACAUCUCCACAAUGAUACUAUGAAUGAGACUUGCCUGUCCUGGGAUGAAAGUGAGAGUUCCUCUCUGCUCGGGUCUUGGUCUGCUCGGAGCUGCAGAGCGGUGCCCGUCCAUUCAUUCAGAACCAAAUGCGUGUGUGACAGCCUCUCCACCUUCGCCAUUUUAGCUCGCGUCAACUUCGAUUCGAUCAUGGACAAGUCGCUACUACCCUCCGUGACGCUCAUUGUUGGCUGUGGGGUCUCCUCUCUCACCCUGUUACUUCUCAUCAUCAUCUAUGUGUCCGUAUGGAAGUAUAUUCGUUCUGAGAGAUCUGUUAUCCUUAUCAACUUCUGCCUCUCCAUCAUCUGCUCAAACGCCCUCAUUCUUGUUGGACAAACUCAGGCUCGUAACAAGGUGGUGUGCACUCUGGUGGCUGCCUUCCUCCAUUUCUUCUUCCUCUCUUCUUUCUGUUGGGUGCUGACAGAAGCUUGGCAGUCCUACAUGGCUGUCACUGGUCGUCUGCGCAACCGUAUUAUCCGCAAGCGCUUCUUGUGCCUUGGCUGGGGGCUGCCUGCAUUGGUCGUGGCUGUGUCUGUUGGCUUCACAAAGGCAAAGGGAUACGGCACUGUCAACUAUUGCUGGCUAUCUCUUGAAGGCGGACUCCUGUACUCUUUUGUUGGCCCCGCUGCCGCUGUUGUCUUGGUGAAUAUGGUCAUUGGUAUUCUGGUCUUCAACAAGCUGGUGUCCAAGGACGGCAUCACCGAUGUUAAGCUGAAGGAGAGAGCAGGGGCCUCUCUAUGGAGCUCUUGUGUAGUUCUGCCCCUUCUGGCCCUAACUUGGAUGUCUGCAGUCCUAGCUAUCACCGACCGCCGCUCUGCCCUCUUCCAGAUCUUGUUUGCCGUUUUCGACUCCCUGGAGGGCUUUAUCAUUGUCAUGGUGCACUGCAUUCUCCGCCGUGAGGUCCAAGAGGCUGUAAAGUGCAGAGUAGUGGACCGCAAGGACGAUGGUAACGGAGACUCUGGCAGCUCCCAUCACAACAGCCACUCACAGCAUAUGCAGUCUGACAAUGAAAAGGAUGGCGAUUCAAGCAGACAAGGCAUGAAGAGCUCCUCUGAGGAGAAGAUGGGCCCUCCCCAGAUGCCCCUUCCCAUGGGGUCCAACUUCCACACCCUGCCUUCCAAACCAAGCAAGAGCCACAUGCAGGCUGUCCCAGAAUACUCCAGCCACACCCUAACUCUCAAACGGGAUAAGGGGCUUGUCGCUGGAGGCAUGGACCCAACAUGCGGCAAACCAGUCUACGUUUGCGAAGGCGAGCUUUUCCAACAACUAGAUGCUGAUUUAGCUCGUGUCCAAGCGGAGGGGAGCAUGUCUGACGGAAGUGGGUACAUCCUUAUGCCUAAUACAACAUCAACUCUACGCAAAGCAAAAGACGAUCCAACCAAGUACAACAUCGCCGUAGAGCAGAUGCCCCAAGCUAGACUUAUGCAUCUCGGAGGGCCAUUCGCAGAGCCACAAGCCGCUUUUGGGAUCCAGGGUAUUCCCCCGGAUCAAGUCAGCAUGUCCUAUUCGGAACGGGACUCCCCAAUCCAAAACAUCCACAACAUGUCCAGCGAAUCACACAUCACCCACAGCAGCCUGGAGAACACUUUCGAAUCUAUGAACUCCAUGAUGUCCAAGAGUGAGACCAUCUCAACGCUAUCAAUGAGCUCUCUGGAGAGGCAGAAAUCCCGUUAUGCUGAGUUGGAUUUUGAGAAAAUAAUGCACACCAAGAAGCGCCACCAAAACAUGUUUCAGGACCUCAACAGGAAGCUACAUCAUGCUGAGAAAGACCGUGAGUCGCCAGCUUCAGAUAGCAAGUCUGUGAGAUGGAGUGUCUCUUCUGGAGGAAGUGACAAAACCAACCACAGCGACAAACAGCAAGCUUCAAUGGAGAGGCCAUGGGAAGGAGUCCGUGGUAUUCCGCAGUCACCUCCCGCUUGGGUACGGAAAGACAUGGAGCCUCUCGCCGCCUCGCCUCUGGAGCUGCACUCGGUCGACUGGGAGAAAACCAGCACCACUAUCCCUAUGGUGGGACAGGACAUUAUCGACCUGCAAACCGAAGUCUGAGGGGAACAAUGGAGGCGUAAUGCAAGCUUCCUCAUGUCACCUCGGCUACCUUUUACCAUUAUGGGAUCCUAUCUUAAGGAUUCCAAAGGGUGGAAAGAAAAAGUAGGUCCCAGAAUCUGUGUCUUCAAAGCUCUCCACCUGAGCAGAAUGGGGGUAAGGAUGGAGAGAGGGAUGGUGGAUGCUGGCGAAGUUUUUGUGCUGGGAUGUUAAAUGUAGCUUCACUGUUGUGGACUUAAAGCAUCUCCUGUCAGAGUGCUGUCAGAAGUGCGGAGAUGAGUGGUGUCCACUGACCAGGACUGGGCUGUGGCGUCAUCUCACUCUUCGCCCGGAGUUUCCCUGAACCCAUCGUGGUCAGAAGAUGUGGUUGACAUAUCUGUGCUUCUUUUUUCCUUCAACUCAGCUUUGGAAAAAAAAAAUACUUAACAAUAUCAAAAUGGUGGUGCGUCCUCCCUGCUUCUUGAGGGGGGUGGCCACCACACAAACAAUGGCUGCUUUUAUCUCUCAGCCUCAGAGUUACCUUCCAUUAAACUACAAGGCAAGAGAGCAAAAAGGACUACUUCUCAUCAACUUGGGAGGCCGACUGCAUUUGGGACGAAGGGCACACAUGUUUAGUUUUAUUUAGUCUGUCUUGCUUCUCACUUGGACUGAUCUAAACAGAGACUCUCUGAGAGACUGUAGAGCCAAAACUCCAAUAGUUAUUAUUACAAUGAUUAUUGUCAGUGUUAAAAUUAUAUAUUCUGAUUACCUGUUGUAAUCUUUCUUUCAUCCACGACUGUCCACCACAAAUUAAAUUAUUUUUUGUUUGGACCUGUGUGAUGUGUUGUGGGCCCAUAUGGACUGCAUUGGGACAAACGACUGCGUGGUGAUGGUUCGGUGAAUGACCCGAAUGUCCUGGUUUUGUUUUUGCUUUUACCAAAAUACCAGCACCAGGAUGAACAUAGACUCUCACACUAGAAGAGCAGUGCACUCUGGGAUACGCUGGCUGGCUUGUGAGGCCUAGCCUCCAUUUAAGUGGCACAAGAUGCAGGCUCUUCCAUGUGGUAUUUGAGGAUUUGGGUUCGAUUUGGACAUCGCCCCUUUGUUUCUCAGCCUUGCAGGACUCUGGACUGAGACUUCUGCUGUAGCUUCCACGGCAGCAGGUCUUCUCGACUUCAACACAUUUGUGUUUUAGCCAUCAGUGUGAAUAGUGCAAUAUGAUGGAUGCUUGAUGCUCAAGCAAGACCAAUAUUAUGAGAUAUAUUAGGCAGUUUUUCUUACCAAUGUUUCAAACUUUUAUACCAUCUCCCUCAUAUAGAUGCUUUAUGAUAAUAUUGUAUAACAAAUCUGUUUUAGUAAUUCAAAGAAUUCAUUCACUAGAGAUUUGUUAGCACAUGGCUCCUUGUACAGAGCCUCUGUGACAAUAGAUAAUUGUUCUUCAAUAACUUCAUUUGAAUGAAUGAACUUGACUGUGCUCCAGGAUGAAUCAGACCUCAUGUCUCUGUCCAGUGUUUUUUAAACCUGUCAGUAACUCAGUAUGUAACCAGCCGACCCUCAGCCCAUACCUCGAGUUACUUGUCUGAAGCCAUUUGUAUUUCCUGUCCCUUUGUUUUGUAUGUUACCUCUGUAAUGUACAGU